AUGGCUUAUAUGAGGCAGAAGGGUCUUGAGGAAGCCAUUUGCAGGGUUUAUCCAUCUGUGGAGCAUAGAACAUGUGUGAGGCACAUGUACAAAAAUUUCAAGAAGAAAUUUCGUGGGGAAAGUCUACAAAGAAGCGUUUGGGUUGCUGCAAGAUCAUACACAGUUAGAGGUUACAAUACAGCUAUUGAAGACAUCAAAUCAAUUAAUAUCAGAGCUUAUAAUUGGAUAGAAGACUUGGGGAAGAAACCAGAGAUAUGGAGUAGAUCACAGUUUAGUACUGUUUGCAAAUGUGAUUACAUCACAAAUAACAUAUCUGAGUCAUUCAAUGCAUGGGUUGCAGAAGCCAGGGAAAGGCCUGUUUUGGAUCUUUUAGACACAAUCAGACAGAAGAUAAUGGUGACCAUGGAUAAAAGAAGAAGAAUGGCAACAAAAUGGAAGGAUGAUAUUGUGCCAUCUGUGAAGAAAUAUGUAAGGAACCUAUCUAGAGGAUUGGCAGCAUAUGAGGUACAACGUUGUAGUGAUUCAAAGGCUGAGGUAUCUUAUAAAGGACAGAGGUGUGAGGUUCUGUUGGCUGAUGGAAUAUGCAGUUGUAGAAAGUGGCAAGUCUCUGGAAUACCUUGUGUACAUGCUAUGGCAUUCAUCUUCAGUAUCAGAGGUGCAAAAUGGGAAGAAUAUGUUGAUUUAUAUUUUUCGGUGGAGAAAACUAGGGUUGCCUACAACUUGGAGAUUGCUCCUAUGCCUGACAUUAACCAAUGGACUUGUAAUGGUCAAUUGGAUGGUUUACUUCCUCCAUUGUCAAGGAGACCAGCUGGAAGACCGAAGAAAAAUAGGAUAAGGGCUGCAGAUGAGAUAAAAUCAGGCAGACAUAAAUGUGCUAGGUGUGGUGGAUUUGGUCAUCAAGCAAGAACUUGUAAAGAGCCGAACAUUCAACAAAUCCAUCAACAAGUAGUUCCCAAGGAAGUUUUGUAA